AUGAGCGACUCAGCAAAGAGCAAACAAGCAACAGCACCUGUUCAAGUGCCAGACUUCACGCUGCGCGAUUACAGUAGCUUUUUCCUUGCUGGAGCACUUUGUUGCACUAUAAGUCAUGGUGGACUAACGCCUGUGGAUGUAGUCAAGACACGUAUUCAGAUCGACUCGGCCUACAAGGGCCUCGGAAUUGUCUCUGGAACGCGCUAUGUCAUUGCCAAGGAAGGACCAGCAGCUCUUUUGACCGGAUUUGGACCAACAGCUGUUGGGUAUCUUGCUCAGGGUGGUGCCAAGUUUGCGGGUUACGAAUUCUGGAAGAAGGGCCUUGUUCAAUUCGCGGGUGACCAGGAAACUGCGGUCAAGUAUCGGACUGCGAUAUACCUCGGCGCAGCUAGCAUUGCCGAAUUCUUCGCUGACAUCCUACUCACCCCAUUGGAAGCCACCCGGAUCAGACUAGUAUCUGAGAAAGGGUAUGCCAAUGGUCUGGUCAGUGGUUUCACUCGGAUGGCCCGCGAGGGUGGUGUCCGCGAACUUUACGCGGGGUUUCUUCCAAUUCUAUGCAAACAAAUCCCAUAUGCGAUAGGGCAAUUUACGGUCAACGAAUUUUGCCAUGAACUCGUCUUCAGGUCCAUGUCUGAGGACACGAAACGGAACCUAUCAGGAACAUCCAAAUUUGGCAUUGCUCUAGGCAGUGGUAUCGUCGCGGGCUUUGCAGCAGCAGUACUGAGUCAUCCUGCUGACACAUUACUGAGUCAAAUCAACAAAGGCCAUGGGCCCAGCGGCUCGAUGAUGCAUAGACUCUCUGUUCUAGCACGUGAAGCUGGUAUAAAAGGUCUAUUCGCGGGCCUUGGCCCUCGUAUGGUCAUGACCGCUGGCCUCGUAAGCAGCCAGUUCCUCAUGUAUGGGUCAAUUAAGCAAGCAUUGGGUGCGCCACCGGGUAUCGAGAUCCAUAAAGACUAG